CAGGACACCUCGCUUCACCCAGGCACGGCUUCCAGGAGGCUGCUGCUGGUCGCCUUGGGUCGAUGGACGCAGAUGUUUGAGGAACUGGAAGAUCUCCAGUGGAGAACCUUUAGGAAGAAUGGCUUACCGGUCUCUCUGCUCACCUAGAUGAACCUACUGAAAUGGGUUAAUGGUAGCGAGUGCUGGGGUAUGGCCGUCAAUGUGUACUCCACAUCCGUGACCAGUGAGAAUCUGAGUCGCCAUGAUAUGCUUGCGUGGGUCAAUGACUCCCUGCACCUCAACUAUACCAAGAUAGAACAGCUCUGUUCAGGGGCAGCCUACUGCCAGUUCAUGGACAUGCUCUUCCCUGGCUGCGUGCACCUGAGGAAGGUGAAGUUCCAGGCCAAGCUAGAGCACGAGUACAUCCAGAACUUCAAGGUGCUGCAAGCCGCUUUUAAGAAGAUGGGUGUUGACAAAAUAAUUCCUGUAGAGAAAUUAGUGAAAGGAAAAUUCCAAGAUAAUUUUGAGUUUAUUCAGUGGUUUAAGAAAUUCUUUGACGCAAACUAUGAUGGAAAGGAAUACAACCCUCUGCUGGCGCGGCAGGGCCAGGACGUAGCGCCACCUCCUAACCCAGGUGAUCAGAUCUUCAACAAAUCCAAGAAACUCAUUGGCACAGCAGUUCCACAGAGGACGUCCCCCACAGGCCCCAAAAACAUGCAGACCUCUGGCCGGCUGAGCAACGUGGCCCCCCCCUGCAUCCUCCGGAAGAAUCCCCCAUCGGCCCGAAACGGCGGCCAUGAGACUGAUGCCCAAAUUCUUGAACUUAACCAGCAGCUGUUGGAUCUGAAGCUGACCGUGGAUGGGCUGGAGAAGGAGCGUGACUUCUACUUCAGCAAACUCCGAGACAUCGAGCUCAUCUGCCAGGAACACGAGAGCGAGAACAGCCCCGUCAUCGCGGGCAUCAUUGGCAUUCUCUAUGCCACCGAGGAAGGCUUUGCACCCCCUGAGGACGACGAGAUUGAGGAACACCAACAAGAAGAACAGGACGAGUACUGAGGGCGGCUCCAGCCCUGGCUGACUGCACGCCCCCUACCCCACGCCCACCCCCACAUUAUAAUCCUUUCCUUAGAGCGUCGGCCGGGUGCUUUGUGUCAGUGCCGCAGCAUUGGGGAGUCAGGCGAGGGGGCUGGAGGGGAUGGGGCAGAUGGGCAGGCAGAGGCCCGCACUGGCCAGUGGGUGGGACCCCUGCCCAUUCCCCACCCCUAUUUAUUUCCGUUGUCUCUAUGCUGUUUCGGCCAACACUUCCCAGGGUGCUGUGCCACCCGCCCCCGCCAGCCGCCUGCUCCCCUGACAGCCAGCAGCUGUAUAUUUGACAAAGUCAUUGGUAUAUUUUUACUUACUGGAUUUUCCUUGCACUUUACCUGUUCUUUUCCCAGGGCUCACAGCAUGGGCUCCAGGGCAGUGUGCCUGGCUUGGCUUCCCUUCCCCAUUGCCGGGCCAUGGCAGGACUCACAAUUCUUAUUUAUUUUGUCUUUUGACUCCCCAGUAGUUGAGGGGAAGGCUGAUGUCAGGAGAGGGAGAGGGGGACUGAGGAGAGGGUGCCUUAGGCCUCGGUGGUCAGGGAGAGGGAGGGGAGCAUGCGAGGGAUGAAAAUGACCCCCUGGCACCAGACUCACCCACCCUGGGCCCCUUUCCCCCAGCCCCAAAGCCCAACACUGCCCCGAGGCCCCCAGCCACUCCCUCUGCAGCCCAUUCAUACCACACAGACUCUGCCCUGACCCUCCUGUACGUCUGCCUCCCAUCCCCCCACCUCCCCACCCCUGCCUCCUUGGGCCACCCAGCCUGUGUAUGUGUUCACUUUUAUUUAAAUAAACUUGUGUGGUAAAAGUCCAUGCCAUGUCUCCCUCAACUGA